GUUUUUCUAUAAGCACGUUGUUUCAUUGUCUGUAUACACAAGUUUUCAAAGUUAUUUUCGUUUGAUUUGAUCGAUUUAAUUUCCAUUCAUAUCAUUUACUAUAAACAUGUUAAACAUUCAAAGUCGUUCGUUGAAUCCGGUCAAUAUUCUUAAGACCGAAGCAGAUGAAGAGAAAGCCGAAACAGCUCGUCUUUCAUCGUUUAUCGGUGCCAUUGCAAUUGGUGAUUUGGUCAAAAGUACAUUGGGUCCAAAAGGUAUGGACAAAAUCCUGUUGAACGAAGGCCGAAACGAAGGAAAAGUGGAAGUAACAAAUGAUGGUGCUACGAUAUUGAAAUCAAUCGGUGUGGAUAAUCCGGCCAGCAAAGUUUUGGUUGAUAUUUCAAAAACUCAAGACGAUGAAGUUGGUGAUGGUACCACUUCUGUCACGGUUUUGGCAGCCGAACUCAUACGUGAAGCAGAAAAAUUGAUCGAAAUGAAAAUUCACCCACAAACAAUCAUUUCUGGCUGGCGUAAAGCUGUCGAUGCAGCCAAAGUAGCUUUGGAGAAAUCCACUCAAAAUCAUAGUGACCAACCGGACCGAUUUCGCAAUGACCUCAUGAAUAUUGCCCGAACGACGUUAAGUUCGAAAAUCCUUUCUCAGCAUAAAGAUCUGUUUGCUAAAUUGGCCGUUGAUUCUGUUCUUCGACUGAAAGGAUCGGGCGAUUUGAAUGCCAUACAGAUAAUCAAAAAAUUGGGCGGUAGCCUUAGCGAUUCAUAUCUAGAAGAAGGAUUUCUACUUAAUAAAAAACCAGGCGUCAAUCAACCUAAACGUAUCGAAAAGGCUAGAAUUCUUAUUGCCAACACACCGAUGGACACGGAUAAAAUCAAAGUAUUCGGCUCACGUGUCAAAGCGGAUUCAGUGGCCAAAGUGGCUGAAUUGGAAUUGGCCGAAAAGGAGAAAAUGCGCGAAAAAGUGGAUCUAAUUGUGAAGCAUAACAUCAACGUUUUCAUAAAUCGGCAACUCAUUUAUAAUUAUCCGGAACAAUUGUUUGCCGAUGCUGGUGUGAUGGCCAUCGAACAUGCCGAUUUCGACGGUAUUGAACGGUUGGCUUUAGUGACCGGUGGAGAGAUUGUUUCGACGUUUGGCAGUCCGGAUAAAGUGAAACUUGGCCAUUGUGAUCUGAUCGAAGAAGUUAUGAUUGGCGAUGAUAAAGUGUUGAAAUUCUCUGGCGUACCUUUGGGUGAAGCUUGUACGAUUGUCAUUCGUGGUGCUACACAACAGAUUCUGGAUGAAGCUGAACGAUCAUUGCAUGAUGCGCUGUGUGUUCUAACAGAAACGGUUAAAGAUUCCCGAAUCAUCUAUGGUGGUGGUUCCGGUGAAGUGUUGAUGGCUCAUGUGGUCACACAAUUGGCCGAACAAACACCGGGAAAAGAAUCGUUUGCAAUAGAUUCAUUUGCAAACGCUUUGCGACAAUUGCCUACAAUUAUUGCUGACAAUGGUGGCUUUGAUAGUGCACAAUUAAUUUCCGAAUUACGGGCCUAUCAUUCGCAAGGCAAACAUACUUAUGGUCUAGAUAUGAAUGUUGGAUGUACAGCCGAUAUGGCCGAAUUGGGCAUCAUUGAACCAUUUGUCGUCAAACGUCAAGUGUUGAUUUCAGCUGCUGAAGCGGCCGAAAUGAUUCUACGUGUUGAUAAUAUCAUCAAGGCAGCACCACGAAGACGUGAAGUUGAUCGCCGUGGACACUGAUUGAUAAUAGAAAAUCAGUGAAUGGUUGAAUUAUGGAUUUAUUUUAUGGAUUGCUUUUUUAUAUUGAAAAAAACUACAAACAAAAAAAAUUGGUAAAUAAAGCUUUUUCUCUUUCA